UGUCCAUAUAAAGCGAAGUGGGGGAACAGAUCAAGCAUUCUAGGCAGAAUUCUUAUGCUGUAACUUCAUCUGCUCUCAGCUUUGCAAAGAUGACAGAUAAAGGAAAGACUUCAGCUGCCUCUUCAGGGGAUUUUCAAACAGCUAAGCCCAAGACUGUGUCUGACCAGGGAAAAGGAGAAUCUGAAGAGGAAUAUGGGCCCCAGCAAUACCAUCUGAUUCGAAGUGAUUUUGUCCAGCAGCUGAAAGAAAAAGGGGAACAGCCUUACCCACACAAAUUCCAUACAAAUACUACACUUGCUGAAUUCCUUGCCAAAUUCAGCCACCUUGGAAAUGAAGAGCAACUUCCUGACAAACAGUUAUCUCUGGCAGGACGAAUUCAUGCCAAGAGAUCUGCUGGUGCAAAGCUCUACUUCUAUGAUCUCCGGGGAAAUGGACUUAAAUUACAAGUUAUGGCCAAUGCUAAAUUUUUUAAGUCUGAAGACCUUUUCACCAAGACCAUAGAUAAGCUGCGGCGAGGAGACAUCAUAGGAGUUUUGGGAUAUCCUGGGAGAACCAAGCAUGGAGAACUUAGCAUCAUAGCUAAAGAAAUAACUCUGCUGUCACCAUGCUUGCAUAUGCUGCCUCAUCUUCAUUAUGGAUUCAAAGAUCAGGAAACCAGAUAUCGUCAACGUUACCUAGAUUUGAUCAUGAAUGAGAAUGUGAGGCAGAAGUUUAUUAUGAGGAGUAAAAUUAUCACUUUCUUACGAAACUUCCUGGAUAACCUUGGAUUUCUUGAGGUGGAGACUCCCAUGAUGAAUAUGAUAGCAGGUGGUGCAGCAGCCAAACCUUUUAUCACACAUCACAAUGACCUCAACAUGGACUUGUACAUGAGGAUAGCUCCUGAACUAUACCACAAGAUGCUAGUAGUUGGAGGUCUGGAGAGGGUAUAUGAAGUUGGACGUCAGUUCAGAAAUGAAGGAAUUGAUCAAACCCACAAUCCAGAAUUUACUACGUGUGAGUUCUACAUGGCUUAUGCAGAUUACAAUGAUCUCAUGGACAUCACUGAACAGCUGCUGUCAGGCAUGGUGAAGAAUGUGACAGGUGGCUACAAGAUCACUUACCAUCCAGAUGGCCCUGAGGGAAAGGCAGUAGAAAUUGACUUCACUCCUCCUUUUAAACGAGUCAGAAUGAUGGAAGAAUUGGAGAAAGUCACGGGAGAAAAAAUGCCAGCACCAGAAAGUCUGGAUACUGAGGAAGCCCAAAAGUUCCUUGACAAGCUAUGUGUGAAGAAGGGAAUCCAAUGUUCUCCUCCUCGGACUACAGCAAGACUUCUAGAUAAGUUGGUAGGGGAGUUUAUUGAAGUUUCCUGCAUCAACCCCACAUUCAUUUGUGACCAUCCCCAGAUCAUGAGUCCUCUGGCUAAAUGGCAUCGUUCAAAGAAAGGCCUGAGUGAACGUUUUGAACUUUUUGUGAUGGAGAAGGAGAUUUGCAAUGCUUACACUGAGCUCAAUGAUCCAAUGAGGCAGAGAGAGCUUUUUAUGGACCAAUCGAAGGCUAAAGCAGCAGGUGAUGAAGAAGCCAUGAGUAUUGAUGAAAACUUCUGCACAGCAUUGGAAUAUGGACUUCCUCCUACUGCCGGCUGGGGAAUAGGAAUUGACCGUCUUGCCAUGUUCCUCACAGACUCCAACAACAUUAAGGAAGUGCUAUUCUUCCCAGCAAUGAAGCCCAUUGAAAACAAACCUCAGUUGGAGAAACAAGAGAACUGAAGUGCAGUUUAGAGGACCAACAUGGCUACAACAAUCCUGCAAACAACUUAUUCUUUGUCAUUCCACUGAAGUUCACUGAUGUUAAUUUGGUUUGGUCAGUCUUGGUUGAUAUUACUAACCUUGUAAUCUGCCUCUUGUCUUCAACAUAACCAACCUCUGUUUCAUAUAACUAAGUAAAGACUCAAAUGCUUUAAUAUUAAUCAGAUUUGUAUCAAUAGCUGCACAUCUAUGAUUUGUGUCCAUUAUUUUCUAUUAGCAAUAUACAAUAUAUAUAACUGUUGUGAUGGAUUUGGGGUUACUAUGUAUUAAUUCAUGAAUGCGAUAUGGUUGUGCAAUUGCUGUAAGUGUAAGGGAUGUUUUCUAACUAGUGUUAAGUGAAAAGGGGCUGUUCAAUUUCAUUUCCUGCUUGUUUUUGCUAUAACUAGACAUAAGAUACCUUCCAGUAAACCACUUCAGGGU